CGGAACUAGCUGGAAGACUCAGCCCCGGGCGGCUCAACAGUUCGGAAAGUCUGGGCUCGCAGUGGUGCAGCUCCGUCUGCGCCCGGGCGGUGCAGGGGCGCGGGGGUCCCCGGGCUGCCCCGGUCAUGCCUCGCACUCCCUGCCGGACACCCGCGCGUCUCCAUCGGCUGCGACCCUGGGGGUUCUGGGACUAGAGCAGCCUCCGCCCCAACUUCUUACUUUGGGGUCCCCCAGCCCGAGAGGAACUGGCGGCCUGGCUGGGGGAGCCCCGGGCAUGGUGUGACGGGGCGGUCAGCUUUGCUGCGCCCCCCGCUCCAGCCACCCGUGGUCUCUGUGCCCUCCAGAAUGUAGCUGCUCUCUCCGCGCCCCCGGGUCUUCAGCUGCAAUCUCUGGCCUCCGGGCUCCAGGAGCCAACUCUUUAUGCCCCACGACUCAGCUGUCUGUCGUCUCGGCGUUCCCCUGAUUCCAGUUUCGUGACCUCCGCCGUUUUUGCGCCCCCCGCCCCGGACUCUAGCAGCGGUUUCCGCAACCUCCCGGGAUUCAGCCACUGUUCCCGUACCCCCUACACCCAGUCUUCCAGCCUCCGUCUCCGCGUCUCCUGGGAUUCAGCUCCGUUACGCGUCCCCCAAACCCAGACUCCGGCCGUGAUCUCCGCUUUCCCCCGGAUCCAGCUGUCGCGCCAGUGCCCGCGAGUGCCCCAGCACCCCACCACGCGCCCCGAGUCCGGCCGCGCAUCGGCGGGGAGAUGAACGCGCAGCUGGACGGCCUGUCGGUGAGCUCGUCCUCCACCGGCUCGCUGGGCUCCGCAGCCGGGGCGGGCAGCGGCGGGGGCGCGGGGCUGCGGCUGCUGUCUGCCAACGUGCGCCAGCUGCACCAGGCACUGACAGCGCUGCUGAGCGAGGCGGAGCGGGAGCAGUUCACUCACUGCCUGAACGCGUACCACGCGCGCCGCAACGUCUUCGACCUGGUGCGCACCCUGCGAGUGCUGCUGGACAGCCCGGUCAAGCGGCGCCUGCUGCCUAUGCUGCGUCUGGUCAUCCCGCGCUCCGACCAGUUGCUCUUCGACCAGUACACCGCGGAGGGCCUCUACCUGCCCGCCACCACCCCCUACAGGCAGCCCUCUUGGGGCGGCCCCGACGGCGCGGGGCUGGGGGAGGUGCGCCUGGUGAGCCUGCGGCGUGCCAAGGCCCACGAGGGCUUGGGCUUCAGCAUCCGCGGGGGCUCGGAGCACGGCGUGGGCAUCUACGUGUCGCUGGUGGAGCCUGGCUCCCUGGCUGAGAAAGAGGGGCUGCGGGUCGGGGACCAGAUUCUGCGCGUCAACGACAAGUCCCUAGCCCGAGUGACCCACACAGAGGCCGUCAAGGCUCUGAAGGGUUCCAAGAAGCUGGUGCUGUCCGUAUACUCAACAGGGCGCAUCCCCGGGGGCUAUGUCACCAACCACAUCUACACCUGGGUGGACCCGCAGGGCCGGAGCAUCUCCCCGCCCUCGGGCCUGCCCCAGACCCACGGCAGUGCCCUGAGGCAGCAGGAGGGUGGCCAGAGGAGCACCCUGCACCUCCUGCAAGGCGGGGAUGAGAAAAAGGUGAACCUGGUGCUGGGUGACGGCCGGUCACUGGGCCUCACAAUCCGAGGGGGAGCCGAGUACGGCCUUGGCAUUUACAUCACAGGUGUGGACGUGGGCUCUGAGGCUGAGAGCAGUGGGCUCAAGGUUGGGGACCAGAUUCUAGAGGUGAACGGGCGCAGCUUUCUCAGCAUCCUACACGAUGAGGCGGUCCAGCUGCUCAAGUCGUCUCGGCACCUCAUCCUGACGGUGAAGGACGUCGGGAGGCUGCCCCACGCCCGUACCACCGUGGACGAGACCAAGUGGAUCGCCAGCUCCCGGAUUGAGGAGACUGCCGUGAACACAGGAGGGUUUCCUGGAGAUCUCAAAACAGAGGGCACAAACAAGCCCGGGUUUUAUAAAGGCCCAGCCGGCUCCCAGGUGACCCUGAGCAGCCUGGGGAACCAGACACGUGCGCUGCUGGAGGAGCAGGCCCGGCACCUGCUGAACGAGCAGGAGCGGGCCACCAUGGCCUACUACCUGGAUGAGUACCGCAGUGGCAGCGUCUCCCUGGAGGCCCUGGUCAUGGCUCUGUUUGAGUUGCUCAACACGCACGCCAAGUUCUCGCUCCUGUCUGAGGUGAGAGGCAUCAUUUCCCCACAAGACCUAGAGCGCUUCGACCACCUGGUGCUGAGGCGCGAGAUCGAGUCCAUGAAGGCACGGCAGCCUCCAGGCCCUGGGGCUGGGGACACCUACUCCAUGGUCUCCUACAGUGACACAGGAUCAUCCACAGGCAGCCACGGCACCUCCACCACUGUCAGCUCGGCCAGGGAGCGGCUGCUGUGGCUUAUAGACUUGAUGGAGAACACUCUGGACCUGGAGGAGACCGGUGAGGCUGUCCAGGGCAAUGUUAACACCCUCCCAGAUGUGUCCGUGGAUGAUGUCAAAUCCACCUCUGAGGGGCUGUCCAACUUCAAGCCACCAUCUCCCCCACCACCACUGGGCCAAGGCCAUGACCGCCCACCCAGCCAGCUGAGGAAGCCAGGGAGAGAGGACCUCCAGCCACCUUCCUCCGCAUCCUGCCACUCAGGCAUCAUCUUGUCAGCUCCGCAGAACCGCAGCCCACCAGCGGGCACCGCACCCACCACUGGGACCUGCUCUGCACAGGACUCACCCCCCUCCCCCAUCUAUGCCUCCAUCUCCCCUGCCAACUCUGGCAGCAGGAGGCCCCUGGACGCCCAUCUGGCCCUAGUCAACCAGCACCCCAUCGGCCCCUUCCCCCGGGUACAGUCACCCCCACACCUGAAAAGCCCCCCUGCCGAGGCUACCGUGGCUGGGGGCUGCCUUCCACCUCUCUCACCUUCUGGACACCCAGACCAGACAGGCACAAACCAGCACUUUGUCAUGGUGGAGGUCCACCGCCCCGACAGUGAGCCGGAUGUGAAUGAAGUGAGGGCACUGCCCCAGACGCGCACAGCCUCCACACUCUCUCAGCUCUCCGACAGUGGGCAGACUUUAAGCGAGGACAGUGGUGUGGAUGCCGGUGAGGCAGAGGCCAGUGCCCCCGGCCGAGGCAGACAGACAGCAUCCACCAAGAGCAGGGGUAGCAAGGAGCUGCCCCGGAAUGAGAGGCCCACAGAGGGGGCCAACAAACCGCCUGGACUCCUGGAGCCCACGUCCACUCUUGUUCGUGUGAAGAAAAGUGCAGCCACUCUGGGCAUUGCCAUUGAAGGUGGCGCCAACACCCGCCAACCCCUGCCUAGGAUUGUCACUAUUCAGCGAGGUGGCUCAGCCCACAACUGUGGGCAGCUCAAGGUGGGCCAUGUGAUCCUUGAAGUGAAUGGGUUGACGCUUCGUGGCAAGGAGCAUCGGGAGGCCGCCCGCAUCAUUGCUGAGGCCUUCAAGACCAAGGACCAUGACUACAUUGACUUUCUGGUCACUGAAUUCAAUGUGAUGCUCUAGAGACCGAGGCCAAGGGCCUCCCAUUACUGUCAGCCCCUGCUCCUGGGCCCUCCCCACUCUCGGCUCUAUGAAGCUCCUUGAGGAGUCGGGGCCAACCAGGGUAGCAGGAAGACACUCCCCCCUCUAUCCAGACCCCCUGGACCAGAACCAGGAGAAGAAGAUAGCCAGUGAGGCAAACAGAAGGCCAGGUCAGGAUCUGGUGCUGUACUGGGUUCACAAUAGGCACUCAAUACAUGUGGCUUGCAGGAAGGGAAGAAAGGAAAAGGAAAGGCAGAGGGCCUGUCUCUCUGGGUUGGGUCGGGGGUGUUGUCACUGCUGCCCUUAGCCAGUGAGGACCCAGACUGUCCCCAGAUGCCUGGGCUUCUGUCCAGAGUGAGGUCACUUGAGAAAACAUGGACACAGGCCCCCACCAGGAGGCAUCUUGCGGGACCUUUAGUGCCACAAAUAAGCAUCAAGCACCUCCCCGUCUUCACCCCCACUCCUUCUGACUCCUCAUUUCCCCAUGGUAUUUAUUAUUUAUUUCCCUCCCCAAACCCUUGGGGACCCCACAGCCCCAGCUUCCCAUCUACCUUCAGCCUACCCCAGAGGCCUUGCAGGUGACCAGCAACGUCAUUGUAUUUAUAUACAGAGCUUAUGACUUUAAUUUUUCAAUAAAGAAAUCUGAACAAGGUUA